UAAGAGCCAAUCUUUACCUUAAACGGCAGACAAUUACGGUAGUUAUGACUCACGACUUACGAAUAACUGCAGUGGUCACGAUUAAAUUCUCUGUGGCUUACCUCUACUUGGUUAUUGGUGACGAUAAUAAAAGUACUGUAAGUUUUCACUCAUUUUACUCAUUAAUUUAUUUGUUACCUUCUGCAUCGCUACGGAUCUUGAGGCUGAUUUCAUCCAGAUAUCUACUCGGUAGCUUGAUUCAAUGGAAUAUGGUGCUGAUGAGCUUACUGAUCCUGCGGUAGAGUAUCAGCUGCCACUUUUAGGCUUCAGGCAGUACGUAAUCAUUCGGUACAUUGCUCUUCCGGAAGACUGCGAGGAAAUCAAGGCUGCAAUAGAGCAGUGCUUAAAUGCUCCAUCGGAAUUCUUACCAACACAGCAAGAUACGCAGGAAGUAACACCGGAAGCAGAACAAGGCGCUACACAGGAAGCGACACAUCCAGCAGCCUGCUUCGAAAAUGUGCAGGCUAAUCGCUUUUGCCCGUUUCAUACUGUGCCCAUCGAACUCGUAGCACAUGUUUUCUCGUACCUGGAUAUAUUUGACCUAUCCCAGUGUUCGACAGUUUGCAGGCGCUGGGAAGUUAUCGUCAAUGAUUCCCCGUUGGUCCGAAAGAGUAUCAUCGUGGACAUCCAAAAAUGGGGGCAGACCGGUGCUGAUAAACCUGCCGGCGAAACGCUGUUGAAACAUUUCGUUGUCCAAUCCACUCGCUAUGUCAUUCUGCGUUGGCCAUUGGGCAGUUGUCCGCCGGAAGCGGAACUCUUGCUAAAAUAUCGUAGUGCAGGACUGCAACACUAUGUUUUCUUUUACGAUCCUGACGAUCACGGCUGUACCUAUGACUACGAGGGUCCAGUUUCUUCAAACCUCAAGCGCAUCGCAAACAUGGUUAAAAAACUUUGGAGCCGCUGUGGUAAUGCCACUCUCACGCUAACGCUGCAGAAUUUAAACCUAUACAUCGAUCACAUUGUUGGGAUUCACGUACAAUUUCUAGUUGUGCACUAUGAUAACGUUCAGAUUUACCGUCAUUUUGAGCCAUGUAAUAAGGACGUAUGUGCGAUACCGGUGGUUCUUCGCAUUGAGCUAAGCAAGAAAACUGUCAGAAGUGACGACAUUUCUCCUGCCUAUGGACAUUUUAAUGGAAGCCCGGAUGAACUGUUUGAUUGCUUCAUAACGUCUCCACUGUCUUCCGAAGAGGAACGUUGUAUGGACGCGGUACUGCGGUCGCAUGCGAAAAUUGGCUACCAGUAUACCGAGUACUGGAAAAGGUAUUUUGGCCGGGAAGUGCACGACAGCCAAAAUCUGUCCAGUAUGGAUUUAAAUAUGAACCAGAUACGCGAAUAUCCAAUGUGGCAGCAGUAUCUCGCUCGUGACCUGUUGCAGUAUUAUCCGCUUGACAACAACGAAAUUACCUCAGUUGCGUCGACUGUGCGCAGUAGAGUACAUCGAGCGCUGGGGCCAUUUAAGUGGGAGAGUUUGUCUGCGGACUGGAACAACAAUAUUAUUUCACGACACUGUGAAAACGUAUCUCAGCCGCUCUGGUGACAGCUGCCGGUGUAAGUAAUAUAGUCACAAUUAUUAGUUCGUAGUCUUUUAGUGUGCUGCGCUAGUCGUUUAACUUGUCUGCCAGCUUGUCUACCUGAGUAUCUGUCCUUACUAUCUCUAUGCGCUAGUGAACAUGUGGCGCUAGUGAACGUUAAUGUACUUGUAAUGUUGUACAUAGAUAUGUAUUUGAUCUGAGGUGUCUUUUGUCAGGAAAUGAAAGUCAAACUCGUUUCCCAGUUUUACGGACUCAUAUUGAGAAGCACUAUUUACUCUAACUCUCUUUCCGGUUAUAUCUGCCACAUUUGGGGAUUCUGCCUAUUCAGUUGAUACUUCUGCUUAUCGCAUUGCGAUAAUUCCGCGUUGUUCGUUAACGAUGCGGCAGGGAUUGAAAUUUCACAGAUACCGUAGUCGUAAUCACGCAAAAUACACUCUGUUAACAGCUCCGCUAACGUUCACGUUAUUUGACUUUCAUGACCGGUGAUAGUUUUGCUACCACGGCGCGCACUUUUGAUAGUAAAGCGUUUUGCAAGACCUGUCCUCUAUAACUGCAAGCGCAACGACGCAGUACAUAUCUGUGCUUUUUGCUCCGUUACGGUUCCUUUUAAGCGGUGAUUAAAUGGCGGUUCCAGUCUCUGCGAUGGGUGCACUUGCGCCCACGCUGCCUUUGACGAACCACACAAAAACACCCCGGAAGAUGAAGCUUCAGUACUUAAACUGAAUGGUCAUUAACAAAGAACUAAACGUCUGGCGCAUUUCUUAAUUUUAAAUCCUGUUUCAAAAAUCUACCCAUUUUCAGGUUUCUCCUGCCGCAUUGGUGAAUAAUGUUUUGAGUAAUCUCUGUUGCAAGGUUGUUGCUGCUACGUGGUAUGUCCGUUAUCACGCUGACACUACAUCGCGAUAAGAAAGUGUUGUUCAGCUUGUUAACGAUGCGGCACCGGUGGAAACUCAGGAGAUAGC